GAAGUAAAAGCAACACUGCUGCAGCUAAUGUUCAUCCAUGCUGUAGCUCCAGAAAAACCGAGAAGUUACUACAGCAAUCCCGCAAGUUUUAUUACCGCACCCUGUGUAUAAACCCCCACACCGGCAAAAGAAAAUCCCGCUAAGACCAACAACAAGGAGAAUAAAACGUCCAAAAAGUAAUGUCAGUAUUAAUAACGCGUUCAGAUAGUUUCGGGUACAGGUAGUCGUUUUUUUCGGUCAUUUGUGUCGUCAAGAGGAGAACUGUGUCGCUUUUUCUCAGAGGAACCGAGAGCCGGUAAGAAUUAACAUUUAAAAAGCAGAGAUGCCUCAGAAACAGAAGUCCAAGUCCUGGACUGAGCUGAAACAAGCUGGAAAUGAAACUUUCAAGACGGGCCAGUAUGGAGAGGCCAUCAAUAUCUACAGCCUGGCCAUCAAAGAGCUGGAGAAGUGCAAUAAAAAGGAGCCAGAAGAUUUGGGCAUUUUGUACUCAAACCGUGCAGCCAGCUAUCUGAAAGAUGGCAACUGUGCUGAGUGUGUGAAAGACUGCAAUAUGUCUCUGGAGCUGUUCCCCUAUAAUGUGAAGUCCCUGCUCCGCCGUGCUGCUGCCUACGAAGCUUUGGAGCGCUACAGGCUGGCCUACAUCGACUACAAGACGGCUCUGCAGAUCGACUGCAACAUCGCAGCGGCUCACGACGGCACCAACAGGAUGACGAAGGCUCUCACAGAGGCAGACGGUCUGUCAUGGAGGGAAAAGCUUCCUCCCAUCCCCACUGUCCCCAUGUCUGUCAGAGAAAAGCUUGCUCAGAAAGCCACAGCCAACGCCGCCCCACGAACCGCUGCUCCCACACAGAACGGCACCAAUCAAACCAGCAAACCUGCGCCCAAUGAUAAAGACGUGAAGAAAGCUCAGCUCCUGAAAGAAGAAGGCAACGCUCUGGUGAAGAAAGGAGAACACAAGAAGGCCAUCGAGAAGUACAGCCAGAGCCUCAAACUCAACCCCACCGAGCCGACCACCUACACCAACCGGGCGCUGUGUUACGUGUCAGUAAAGCAGUACAGAGACGCCAUCAGAGACUGUGACGAGGCUCUGACGAUGGACGGCAGGAACAUCAAGGCGCUCUACAGGAAGUCUCAGGCCUACCUGGGGCUCAAGGACAUCCGAGCCUGCGAGGAGAGCGUCAACAUGCUGCUCCGAGUGGAGCCCAACAACUGUGCUGCCAUGAAGCUGCUGGAGGAGGCGCACAAGAAGUGAGGAGCAUCAGGGACUGAGGAGACGGCGGUAAGAGUCGCUCAUUGCACUGCGUUCAGAACCAAGAGGAAGCAAAGUCACAAGUUUCAAAAUAAGAGCUCUUUCAACAGCCGCGCAGUGACACGAUUCAGCCGCUUUAAGUCAAAGACUCGACCUGCGUUUCCCAAAAGCCUCACACCGAGCACACUUUGAUCUGUUUACCGUCUUUGGAACAAACGCUGCAAGACGCCGGUUUCAGUUUCACUGAAUAUUUAUGGUUAUUUAAACGAGCUGGAAUGAUUGCAUUAUAAUUCGUAAUCAGAGUACACCUUUACCGACAUCAGUUUUAAAGUGGAGCUCCUGCUUAAUACAGAAACUCAAAGAUGAAAGCAUUACUUUUUACCUUCAGGUCACAUGAUCCCAGUUCCUUUUUAUCAGGACAUCAAAUGCAGCUGGUUAGGUUAAGGGUGGGGGGUGAGAUAAAUACCAUCUUAUUAUAAAUAUAUUGUGAUGCAGUAAAGGUGAGGGAAUGUACAAAGGUGUAAAACAAUCAGAGCCAAAAGGAAAGAGACUACCCAAGUGUAAAAACAUUGGACACAUUUCCAUUCCCUCGGUAUAAACCACGGGGCUUUUCUCAUAACGUUAGCGUCCAAAUUGUAAAUCAAUGUUAAAUAUUUGUUUUUGUACACCAAAGACGUUUAGGCUUGUAUCCAUUAAGGAAAAACAAAUGAAUAAAUUAAACUAUUUAGGAAUUCUUGUUGCAGACAAGCUGAUGGUUUAAAAAAGCUUAAACUAUUAAAACAUAUGAACAUUUAAUUUCCUCUGUGGAUUUUCUGCUGGAAAAAUCAAUAACUCCGUCUCUCCUGUUUGGAAAUAAACUCCAGAUUGAAGCCCACUUUAGAACAUUGAUGAUCAGUAAAGGUUUGAAUCAGUUUGAAUUUAAAGUUACAAACAUCUUUUCUCCACAGAAAGUUCUUCACAACGCAGGAUGAAUAAGUAAACUACCUGAGGCGUGUGUGUGUGUGUCUCAGUGGAAUGAUUGCAGAGAUUAAAUGGAAGGGUUUAAAAUACUCUGCCUUGGCAUUCGAGCAUGUUUUAUUACCUCUAACAGCACACUUCCAUAUUUCUCCUGAACUUCUGGAUUAUUCUGGCAGAUUGAUAUGAACGCUGAUCAAACUGAUAAUUGCGAUAACCUGAAUGUCACUCAAAGGCACCAUAACAUUUAGUUUACAUGAGUGUCGAUGCUUUGCUAUUCAGUUACAAACUUGUCAGCCCACGCCUUAUUUCCCGUCUCAUCUUAGACUUCUGAGAAUCCUCUGCAUCACUCCACUGAGAUGUAUUCGUUUGUUCAGAGCCUCAGUUUGUUCCUCAUUUGCAAGACAACAAUGUGAACCAAGUCAAAGGGUCCUCAGAGGGGUCAUCAUAUUAAAGUACUGUCUCCAUAUCGUUCCUCCAUUUGAUUGUUUUAUUGUGAAAAAUAAAGGUAGUGCAAUGUCUCAUGGGUGAUCCUGCUGUAGCUCGGCAAACUCCAUCUUGCCUGAAGUGCCUGUCUUCAUCCUCCGCCUGCUGCUCUGCGUUCUUCUCUGCUGAAACGUUAGUAAGAGAGUACGGCUCCAGUCACAUGUAGAGACGUUUGUGAAACACACCAAGCUUCUGUCUGCAGAGCCGUCUGAGCUCCUUCGGUUUCACCACAUGUAGCUGUUUUUGUAAAUUGCAAUUUCUGUCAGCCUGCUUCUGUUCUAACUUCAAAUAAACUUAAGGAAUAAACAAA